CUGAAGUGCGGCUGCGCGCGGCGGCUGGUCGUUGUGAGAUGACGCUUUUUGUCAGGAGAGCGACGGACGGAGAGAAAAAAGAGAGGUGAAAAGUGAGCUCGGCGCAGGGGAGGGGCAGAUGUACCCUUGUCGCUCCUCCACACUGACGGAAAGCAAACAAGCCUGUCCCGAAAUCAAACGGAUCGGAGGGGGGAGAAUCCGCGACUGACACAGGAACGGACGGUUAUUCGAUUCAGCCUCGUCCGACUCGACUCGGUUGGAUUCGAUUAGCCGCGCCGCUUCACCAGCCCGGAGGCCGCCGAAAUAAACCCAUCGCCAUUAUAUGAUCCACUUCCCAGAGUCGCUGCUACCCUCCAUGUGGGUGAGGGACCUGUGCGUGUCGGGCUAUGGCGAGAAAAACAGUUAGCAGGAAAAGGAAAGCAGAGGAGCCCAAGGAACAACAGUUUGACUGGUGUCAGUCUGCGUUUAAGCGUCCCCGCGUGUCCAGCUCGGUGCGUCAUGCCCAGCACUGGUGGCAGAGCCGGCGGUCAGUAGUGUGCUCGGUAAGAGGCAGAGAGUUCCGGCCGCAGCAGCAGCAUGAGUGGAGCUUUCAGAGGAGUCUUCGGGGAUUCGCCGCCGGACGCAUCCCAGGAAUCCUCAGAGAGAGAGAGUUCUCCCUCGGCCGACUCAAUAAGGUGUUCGCUUCCCAAUGGCUCAACCACAGACAGGUGGUGUGCGGGACCAAAUGCAACACGCUGUUUGUGGUGGACGUCCUCUCAGGACAGAUAACCAGGAUACCCAUGCUGAAGGACCGAGAGGGCCGAGGAGAAGUCUCCCAGGGUUUGGGUGGAGUGGGAAGCCCUUUCAAUUUCCACAACCCAGGAUCGGUUGGCGGUCUUGAUGUCCAGCAGGGAUGUGGCAUCCAUGCUAUCGAGCUGAACCCUUCUCGUACACUACUGGCCACUGGCGGAGACAAUCCCAACAGCCUGGCAGUGUACAGACUUCCCACACUCGACCCAGUCUGUGUCGGGGAUGAUGGCCACAAUGACUGGAUUUUUUCCAUUGCGUGGAUCAGUGACACCAUGGCAGUCUCUGGAUCUCGGGAUGGUUCCAUGGGUUUGUGGGAGAUUUCAGAGGAGGUUCUGUCUCAGGCUGAGAAGCGUCAGAAUGUGGAAGGUGUUCCUGGUUACUCCCACAUCUCUCACCGGGCUCUUAAGGACAUCCCGAAAGAAUACACUCACCCCUACAAUUGCAAAGUGCGCGCACUGGCCUUCAACAACAGCCAUAAGGAGUUGGGUGCCGUUUCUUUAGAUGGAUAUUUCCAUUUGUGGAAGGCAGAAGACAACCUGUCCAAGGAGCUUUCUACAAAACUCCCUUACUGUAAGGAGAAUGUUUGUCUGGCUUAUGGGCUGGACUGGUCUGUUUAUGCAGUCGGUUCUCAGGCACACGUUUCCUUCCUCGACCCCCGGCAAUCUUCUCAGAACAUUAAAUCCGUGAGCUCCAGAGAGCGUGGCAGCGGUAUUCGCUCUGUGAGCUUCUAUGAACACAUAGUGACGGUAGGCACUGGUCAGGGUUCCUUGCUCUUCUAUGACAUCAGGGCCCAGCGUUUUCUGGAUGGCCCAUCCAGCACACCCGGCGGAUACCGGAAUCGCACUGCAGAGGGCAUCCUGAAACUCACCACAGGAAGAGGAUGGCUGAAUCACGAUGAAACGUGGAGAAGCUACUUUUCCGACAUCCGCUCGUUCCCGAACGCCGUGUACACGCACUGCUAUGACGACUCCGGCACCAAGCUCUUCGUGGCCGGCGGCCCGCUGUGUUCAGGCCUACACGGAAACUACGCCGGCCUCUGGAGCUAACCUUCCCGUCAGCCCUCGUUCAUUCACUCUCUCACACACAGGCCAUCCUUCUCUUUAGCUUCUAUCCAGCAUAAACCCUCUACAGACUCAGGAGCUCAACCACUUUUGUGCUCGUCUUUACAUUUUCAUUUGCCUGUUGUACUUUUUUUUUUUUUUAACAUCUGUUUUGUUUUUUUGUUCAUGAGAGGGAAAAAGCAGAGUAAAGGAGAGAUGCCUGAUCAUUUGGAGCUUGUACAUCGGCAGCCUGAACCUUUGAGAACUGUGGAACGGUGUAAAAUUGUACAAAAUAUAUAUAACAGUCUCUCUGGGCAUUAUGUUGUUGUUUCGUUUGCUGUUAAUGCUUCUUUUUUUGCUUCUAAAGGUUGCCGUGUCCAAACCAUGGCGUGUUGAGUUUGUUUUGCAGUGUGUGUUUUCAGAAAACCUGCCGAUCGGCCAUCUUUUCUGGCUCACAGUGGACCGAUUUGACAUUGUGGAUCCUUAAAGGCUGAUAACGGGCAUUUGGAGAUGAAUAUUAGAGGUGAAAUGAAUGAACAGUGACUGCUAAUAUGAAGAGCACAGAGAAAACAUGGACACUAGUCGGACAGCAGACGGUGAAGACUCUUUCUUUUUCUUUUUUCCCCAUUCAUCUGUUCCAAAAUAAUGUCAGGGAGAGACGAUUCUAGGAAAUCACAGAUACCGUUUGCGUUCUGUUUGAGGUAUCUUGGAGAAUGCCUCUUUUAUUGCUGAUUCUGUACUAACUCAUGCACACAUUCACAUCAAGAUUGCCGUUUUCCCCUCUGUGACAUUUAGACGUCUUAUUUAUUUUGUAUGCUCGCCGUCACUAGCACUCAUGACGUUCGUUCAGGUACAAUCAUAUUUGAUAGGAUUGUGGCUUUUUCAUCCUCUUCUCUGCUCCAAGGCUGGGCAGUUUUGUGUGACAUUGUUGCCUUUCCAGAGUCUUUCUGUGAAAGACUGUUGCAGAUCGAAUUUGUUUAGGCUUUCUAUUUUUGUUGUUGUUUUGUUUUACACAAUUAUUCAUGGGAAUUGUCACAAUUGCUAGUACGGUGAACACGAUAACAGGCAUAUUAUAUUAAGCUGAAAAUUAACCAUCACUUUUAAAAUGUAUUUUAUAUAUAUAUAUAUAAAUGUAAAUGUAUACAUAUUUGGAUUCUAAUAGAGGGAGAAUACAAUUUAUGUAAAUGUCAGAGGAUAUAUGUGCGUGUGUGUGAGUGGACUGAUCCGUCAUUAUUUUGGUGGUGCCCUUUUUUUAUACACACUUCCUGAAUGUUUUUACAGAUAAUAAGUGUAAAGAAAAAAGAAAUUGUACAAUAUCAAAACAAAACAAAAAGCAAGAGAACAGCAACGCGAGACAGUCUUCAAAAAGAAAAUGAAUAAAAGUUUAUUGAUGUAUUUUUCUUCCA